AAAUCACCCCAACUCACGCCCCUAUAAAUAGAGCUGAAUAUAAUUCGUUUCUCAAUUUGUCACUCUCUAGUCUCUUCUCAAUAAAAUUAAAGAAAAGGCUCUCAAUAAAUUACACUUUCAUGGCUUUCAAAACCAUAUAUGUUGCUCUCAUCCUCUUCAUGGUUACAUCGUGCAUUGGUCAUAGCAUGGAGGCAGAAGAACACAAAUUGUUUCCAUUAAUUGCGUGUAAAAAUGAUUGGGAUUGCAGGGUGAACCCAGAUUGCCACCAUUGCAAUGUCAAACGUCAGUGGUGUUUAUGUGGAACUCAAACUGCGGAUGCUAUUCCUGGAACUGGACACCGCAAAUUAAUGGCCAUGGAAGAAGAAUCUAAGCUAAUAUAAUACACUAGUUUAUUUAAUAGUAGUAGUAAAGAAUUGUAUGUAAUACAAGGAUAAGAUAAAAAUCAUGUUCCAUCCAAUUUAGAGGAUUCUGUCCUAUAAUAAAUAAGUAUGCCAUUAUACCAAGUAUACAAUAUUGAUAUAUAUCAACAACAGAAGGUAUACAAUGAAAAUUAAUCAAUACACAUCCAUGCAUAGCAAGUAUAAAUAUAAAAAAAUACAUAGUCUACGCCAUCUCCCAAAAUUGCCUUCUAAAUUUUUAUAGGACGUUCCAAAAAAGAUAUCCAUUAUACUAUGUAUUUAUGAUUUGUGUUAUUGUGUACAUGGUUCUUAUUGAUCUCUUCUUUUCACAUCAAUGACACCAAUACAGUUUUACUUUUGAA